GUUUGGAUCGGGUUGAGUGUUAAUUCUCGCCACACAACAAGCGAACGGUUUCGAUUGGUUUCGAUAGGGAUGUUUACAGUGGAAACGGACAAAAGAAUACAGUUUUGUAUUCAAUAAAGCCGUCUGUUAGUCGAUAACAUGCAUUAAGUGGGUUUUGUGAAGCCUUGCUGUGUAUAUGAGUAAUGAGUAUGAAAGGCAGACAGAAUCCUUUGGGAGAUGAAGAAGAUUGGAUUGACGAUGAAAUCCAACGACAGCUAGAUGCUCUUGAUGUAAAUGACCUUGAACAUGAUGAGGAACAGCCAGUCAAAGAUGAUAUUGAGGAUUUGGAAGAUGAUAUUCCAGACACUGUGUCUGCCUACUUGCUUCGUGUUCAGAGUAGGACUGAAGGUUUUGUCAAGGAACUGGCUGAGUGUGAUCAAGUCCUAAAAAUUAUACCAGCAAACAACGAAGAUUUUUAUUACAAUUCAAAAGAAUUGAAUGAACUUGCAUUUAUUCUUGGCGAGGACCCAGAAGAACUCCGUGACCGGGUUAUAAUUGAACUUGAAAAUGAAGACUCUGCAGAUGCACAGAAUAGUAGAACCACUAACCAAAAGCAAGGGGAGGGUGAAUCUUACCAUGAACAGCAACAUACAGACAGCUAUGAAAUUACAGAAGAGAAUGGUAAAUUAGCAUUAAUACAUGAUGCUGACAUCUUGGAACAGGCAGCUCAGAAGCAGAUAAGGGAACUUGAAGAGAAACACCGAGCCAGAAACAUGGUGGCACAGAAGGAACAUGAAAUGCAGCUGCGGACUGACGCUCGCAAAGAAAAGGAAAAGGAAGAGGUUAGGCAACAGAUGAAGGAGACUUACGAGAAGGAACAACGUGAAAUGGUUCAAACAAGAAAAGUGCAUCAGGAGAGGAUAGAGGAAGAACUACAUAAAGAGAACAAAGAAUUUGAAGUCUCUCUACAGCAAUAUGAACAAGAGAUACAGGAAUUUUCCCAAAAAGUAGAGGAGGAAAAAAAAGUCUUUGAUGAAGAACGUCAUCUCCGAGAAGCCAAGAAAGAACAGCAGGAAAAGGAAGCAGCUACCCUUAUCCAGUCAGUGUUUAGGUCAUACAGAACUAGAAAACCAUACCUUAAACGUUUGCAAAAAAUGCGAGAGGAUUUGAAAGAGAAAAGAGAACAAGAAAGACAAUGCGAGAUUCUUGCCAAUCGAAGGAAGGAAGAACAAAGAAAAAAGAAAGAAAUCAUGGAAAAGAAACGCAAACAGGAGGAAGAAAGAAUAAGAAAGGAAGAACAACUAAAGAAAGAAGAGGAAGAAAGAAAGGAGAAGGAAAGAAAGAGACUGGAAAAAGAAGAGCAAGAAAGACUACAGGAAGAACAGCUUGAAAAAGAGCGAAUGGAAAAGGAAAAACUAAAACGAGAAGAAGAGGAACGAGAAAGAAUGGAUCUAGAAAGAAAAGAAAAAGAAAUCCUUGCAAAAAUCCAAGCUGAGAAAGAAAAAAUAGAACAAGAAAAGAAAUUAAUGAAAGAAAAAGUAAAGGAAGAGAAGGCAGAAGUCGAAAUGCAAUCAGUUAUGAACCAAGAAAUAGGCAGUAAAAUUGAGCUGUCUGAUGAACAAGUCAAAAAAGAAAAGAAUAAAAGUAAUUGUCCUUUAGAAGAAGCUUCCAUAAUCAAGGAUAGCAAUUCUGCUGAUAAAUGCAUAGAAACUCUUAUGCAGAAUUUUAUCAACAAAGAUUUAACCAAAGAAGUUCAUCAGGAGCCAGAAAACAAAAAGCCAGAUAAUGCUUCUUCACAAGAUGAACUCCCCAGUGCCGUUCAAGGAGCACCUUCUUGUACAGACAAUUCAGAUAAGUCGCAUAAAAAUCUCUUUGAAGUAAAUACCCCCAAGUCUGAUGCUUCGGUAAAUGAGGCUGCAGUCAAAGUUGUACCUGGUUUUACAUUUUUGCCACCCCUGCCAGAGAUCUUAGAAGCAAAAAGACUAAAGUGGAUGCAAGAUUGCAUCCCUUUUAGUAAAAUCCAAGGUCAGGUAAAGGUAGCUGAUCAGAAGAUAGUUCAUCGUCAGAAGAGGCGGCCGACAUCAGCAAAAAAACUGCAGCCUCUGACAAAAGAACUACUGCUGUCUGCAUCUCCUCUGCAGACAUCAUUAGCUCAGGUAACAACUGUGAGACUAAGUGACCUUCCUGGUUGUAGUCUGACCUCUUUGGAUCAAUGUCAUGACCUGAUUGCUAUGGAGAUUCGUAACUGUAAUCUUGUAGCACUUGAAGGUCUGGAAAACCUACCGAAUGUGAAGUACAUCGAUGUUGAGAAUAAUAAAAUUGAGUACAUCAAUUGCAAGGAUAGGAAGAAUCUAGCUAGUCUCAACCUCAGCUGCAAUAACCUUACAGUAGUCCAUGGAUUAGAAGGGUGCUCUGAAUUACGGAGACUAGAUGCAUCACAUAAUAAGAUUGCAAAAUUAGGGUGUGUUGCCUCAUUCUCCAACAUGCAAGUGUUAAACAUGAGUCAUAACCAGUUGAUGACAUCACAAGGCCUGAGGUCAUUAGCACUGCUUCAACAUCUUGACCUCAGCAAUAACCACCUGUCACAAGUCGAUGGCUUAGAGAAUUGUUGUCUGCUUCAAAAACUGAAUCUCGCCAGCAAUAACCUAUCACAGAUUCCACCUCUUCAGAAUCAUGUUUUACUUCAGGAAAUUAAUAUGUGCAAUAAUAGUGUAAACCAAAUGGAUGCCUUGGUGGACUGUUGGCUGCCAUCUCUACAGCAUCUUAACCUAUCAGACAAUAGCUUAGAGGAAAUAGCGCCAUCCCUGCAUGGCUUACCUUUCCUCCGCACUCUGGAUAUCAGGCACAACUUCAUCUCAGAAAUAGAAAAACUAUCUGGUUUGGAGAUCUUAAAGAAAUUGGAUCAUUUACACAUUGAAGGAAAUGCAGUAAAUGAAGAAUCAUCUUACAAAUCAUAUGUUUUGUCACUGCUGCCAUCGCUACAGUAUUUAGAUUCAGAGAAGAUUGAGAGGGAUGGUUUGAUAAAGGAUUGUGUUUCUCAGUUUGAGGCAUCUUGCGAGUCACAGAGAAAGGCCCAGGAAAUUCUUACUGGCAAAUGGAAAAAGGAUUUUGAGCUAUUGAAAAACCAAGGUGAUUUGGUGAAGCUCGCAGACCUUGAGCAGACCCACCUGGAACAAAUGGAGAAGAUGAUGAAGGAGCAUCGCUAUAUGCAUGAAUAUGGUGACACAACCAUCAUUGAACCUACACAAGUGGUAGACAGCCAGGUGACACCUAACCAGGUGGCAGCUAGCCAGGUGCCAGCUAACCAGGUAACAACUAGCCAGGUGCCAGCUAACAAUGUGAUCAACCCAUCAAACAUCACCCUUAAAUCAGCAGAGAUGAGAAAUGUGAAGGUUGAGAAAAGUGACAGAAGGACUGGGGUGAUCACUACUAAAGCUUUGGUACAACAAACACAAGGGAAAAGGCACACAGACCAAGCUGCCACUUUGAUCCAAGCUCAUUGGCGUGGUUACUGUAUCAGAAGAGACAUACAUGACCACACCAAGCAGUGGCUUGCAGCUGUUACUAUACAGGCCUGCUGCAGAGGCUACCUGGCUAGGAAAAAAGUAAAAAACAUGAGGGCAUCAAUUGGAAAACAGACAGGAGUUUACAAUAAUGCAAGGCACAUGUCUGCUGCUACCACAAUACAGGCUUGGUGGCGUGGUAACAAGACAAGACAUUUCAUGAGGAAUGCUCGACAGCAAGCAGUGCAGGGGUUGGAAGAUGAUGAAGAUUUCUUUGAUCAUGAGAUUGACCUUUCAUCAUUUGAUUACGUAGAGAGUGACUGGAGGCCAUCAGAUGAGCCUCGCCUACCUCAGAGCCAUCCCGUUUUACCCUCUCAAUACCAUCCAAGUCCACCAAGUAAAGAUCGACCACCUAGUAGGACCGUACGUCAUGCUUGGAGGAACAUCAAUUCACCACAACAGUACAACACAUCUACUGCAGAUAUUUUAGUCGUAGAUCAUACAAACACACCUAGGGAAACAGAUACAGAGAUGACCAAAGACACACCUAGGAAUACACUCAUGGGGAAGCCUCCCCUUCCCCCAUUAUCAAGUUUAAGUGGCAACACAUUGAAAACAACCAGAAGCGAAAAGCAGGAGCAAAUCUCAGAAGAAUGGGGCUUUAGAGAUGGAAAUACAGCUGCUUUGAUGAUGAAAAGAGCUCAGAAAAUGAGAGGAAAAAAGAAAAUAAAUGACCCAAUGCAGAGGUUGAAGAUGAUGAAAAAAUUACAAGAUACUUCACGGCAGCAGCCCAUUCAGGUAUCAAAGAAAGGGAUCCAGCGUAAGGAGUAUUUCCAAGUUCGGGCUGAAGAAAAGGAGCAAACAUCUCGUAAACAAAUUGAAGAAAAGAAUCAAAGAACAUUUGAGUGGCUACACUCUCAAGUAAAUUCUCCAAAUGAUACAAAGUUGAACUCAAAAGGCAUGAAGGAAAGGCAUGCCUCAAGUGAACCCAGCCUUCCUAGAAUGAGUCCUGAUGUCUUACAAGGACGUGUACAAUUAGUGGCAAGUCCCUCACUUGAACUGCAGUCUGUUGAUAGUAGGAGCGUGGUGACAGCAUCACCGCAUCGUCAUCGCAGCCAUUCGUUUUCAUCUCCUGAUGGUGACAAGAUUCAAUUUUCAAUGACCAAAACCAAUUCAGCUCCAACUAACCAUACCAGACUGCGGCUGGAAGCAAAGGCUAAACACAAAGGACAUUAGAAAUAUUAAUGUGCUCCUUAAACAGUACAAUUAUCACAAUUUACAUUUUUUAACUCUUUUUAUGAGCUUUGUUGGAGAUAGAUGCUAUGCAGCAUUGGGUAGUAACUGAAGCUGUUUUGUCAACCACUGUUGAUAUUUUCUUGGUAAUAUAGAAUAUCAACAGAAUCAAAGAUUAAAAAGAAAUAAUUUGAGACCUACAAAUAGAUAAAUAAUAAGAAUUAAAUAGAGUAGACCAAAAUUCAAUAAGAAGGCAGUAAAAUAUGAAAAAUGAUAUUCAGCAAUGUAACAAAUAUAGUAAUAUUAUAAUACAAGAUACAAGAUACAAAUUUCUUUAUUGUCUAAAUGAAUAGAAAUAUCAGAACUCAUGACUGCCAGUACAAUACAAAAUUAAAUUAUCAUAAAUACUUCAGAUUGAAAUCUCAUACCGCAGCUGGGUAGAACAAGGAAUUGUAACGGUCUGUGUGAGAAUUCACCGUCUUAAUUCUACCACUUCUAACAAUUGCGGUGCCUUAUCCCCUUUCCUGAUAUUUCCCAUCCAGCCCAAUACACAAUAGCCUCAAAUUCAUCACAUCACUGAUGAGUAAAACGUUCUACAAAUAUCUUGCUUUACCACAAUAAAUAUAGUAUUAAUAUAUUAUAUUAACAACCUUACUAACAUAGGCUUAAAGCUCAGCACUAAACCCUCUCUGACCAAUUUAAGACAUUUUGAAUCCACAUCAACUAUGUUGAUCCACAUCCACCACCAAAUCUGAUCAUAAACUUGUUUAGAUGGAUCCUGUUUAUUAUUAAAAUAUAUAAACAGAUAUAAUAUAUUUAUUUAUAGUAUUUAAUUGAAUGAUGUCAUGUCAUGUUUUUUUAUUAUAAACAACCAGUUCAAUGGUGGCACCAGGGGGGGAGGGGCAGGGGAAUUUGUCCUCCCAUCAGAUAGGCCUCGACCCCCUGUCAUCCGAAUCCAUGAUGAGGUCGUCGGAUCAAAAAUAAUAAAAUAAUAGUUUUGCUUGCCAAUCCCUAAUAUUGGAGUCUAAAAGCACAAUUUGGAGCAUACUAGGCUAUAUAAACUCUCCCUGUGAAACCUUCCAGGGACUUUUUAUUCCGGGACCCUACCAAGACUCUAGUCAACCCUUGGUUGCGACACCACAUAGGACAUGUCGGACCCUUUGUCGUUAAAUUUCUGGAGUUAUCACUGAACAGGUUUGCUGUGAAUAUUUGAUUGUUGCUAUGUAUUUUGUUACUUGUAAGAAAAUCACAUAAUUUUUAUAUACUUUGGUCUAUCUAUACUUCCAUGAGAAGUAUAAUGUAUUUUUACUGGCUAGUGAUUUAUUGCACACACAUCUAUUCUUGAAUAUUAACGAUUAAAAAAAUAUUAAAUCACAAUAA